CUUCUUUUUUUCCGCGACCCUAUUUCCCGCUUCUUAUGAUGUUGUGCGUGUCUUAACCCGUAUUUUGCAGACCACAGACCAGUCGUUUAUGCAUCGCUACCGCUGAAGUCGAAGCAUGCGCACUGCCCGCUGAGAAUCGAAGCACUCUUAGCUGUGUUUUCACAUUUCUACGAAAUUCUUUUAAAAAAUAGUAGCGGAAUAUAAAUGAAGUAUCGCUGGAAUAUUUAUCUUGCUUUCAUGCAAUCUGCUAUCUUGCUAGACUUACUGACCUACUGUUGUUGUACAAAGUGUGCCUAGUGUGUUGUUGUUCUGCAAAGUCUACAUUCAAUCACUGAAAUUUAAAACUGCUAGAUCGAGAAGACUUUCAAUACCUGGGGAAGCUGCUUUAAGUACCAAGAUAACAUCUUAGAACAUGGUGAUGCUAAUUUUAAGCAGUCAAGUUUCAACAGAUCCUUGGCAUGUUAUGAGUUACCAACAUCAAUAUUGAUCGUUUUCAAAUUGCUAUAAGUUCCCUGAGUAUUACGUCAGCUCUUUUGGGUGAUGAACAUUACUUCUUAGCUCAUGGAGAAAUGAAUUCAGAAACAGUUCAUUGUGUUUUCGAAAGCAUAUAUUGAUUCAUAAUGUUCAUGAUAAUCCUGGGGUCAGUUCUUUUUUACUUCGCAAACCGUCCUUUUCAUCUGAUGUUCUUAAUGUCAUGGUUAUUUACAGAAAAGUUAACAGUCAUCUGCAGACAUUUUACAACAUGCUGUCAAGGAAAAUUGCAAGUUCUGACAUACAUGUUAUACUUAAAGAUUUCAAUAUAAAUGCCCAAGCUGACCAGCCAGAAUUAGCAGAUAUCAUGAAUGAUUAUACACAAAUUGUACCAGGACCUACUCAUCUAGCUGGUGCUAUCCUUGAUCAUGUUUAUGUGAAGAAUAGCAUUUUGUCGAUGUACUGCAUUAAUUGCUAUGUCAAGUGUAUACAUUUCUCUGAUCAUAAUGCUAUCAAAUUUAGCCUUUCAACGACACCACGCUGACAAACUGAAAGCCAUAUUUUGAAUAAUCAACUUUGCAGCCACUUUUAUAGAGUUACGAUGAUGAUAUCAUCCUGUUAGCAUAUUUUAAAUAUAUAUUAAUAUUUAUUGUAUUAAAUAUAACAUUAAAAACA